CGCACUCAACUCUCCAAGCGCAUUUCCAAGACGCUCUAGGUUGAGCAUCCACCAUGGAGCGGCGUUCUCUAGCUCUGCUCGCCGUCGCCCUCGCGAUCUUGCAGGCCGCCUCGGCGAGGUCCUGGCUCAGACAAUUCACCACAGACGGCACCGUGCGCAUGGGAAGCGACGCUUCGGGCCAGCAGGUGGUGAUGCUCAACCUAGACCGGAGCUCCGGCGCCGCCGGCUUAAACUCCAAGAAGCAGUACCUCUACGGCGAGUUCAGCUUCGAGAUGAAGCUAAUCAGGGGAAACUCCGCCGGCACCGUCUCAUGCUUCUACCUUUCGUCCGGCACCGACGAGUGGCGCGACGAGAUCGACAUGGAGUUCAUGGGCAACUCCAGUGGCCAGCCCGUGGUACUCAACACCAACGUUUGGGCCAAUGGCGACGGCAAGAAGGAGCACCAGUUCGACCUCUGGUUCGACCCCACGGCCGACUACCACACCUACACCAUCAUCUGGAACCCCACCAACAUCCUCUUCAAGGUCGACAACGUCUUCAUCCGGUCCUUCAAGCGCUUCGCCGACCUCCCCUACCCGAGCUCCAAGCCCAUGACCCUGCAUGCUACCCUGUGGGACGGCAGCUACUGGGCCACCGAGAAGGGCAAGAUCCCUAUCGACUGGAAAAAUGCGCCCUUCGUCGUCUCCUACCGCAGCUUCUACGCUAACGCCUGCGUCAGCGGCGGCGCGUGCCAUGCCGGCAGGGAUGGCUGGAUGAGGAAGCAGCUCAACCGCGCCGAGUGGGGGACCGUGAAGUGGGCCGAGCGCAACUACAUGCGCUAGAACUACUGCCAGGAUGGGUGGAGGUUCCCGCAGGGGCUCUCGGCUGAGUGCAGCCGCAGCUAAGCUGAUUCCUCUGCCUUUUGGUCCAUUAUUGUCUAUAGGUUUGUUUUUAUUGGAUUUAUGGUUCUUGUUCUUCUUUGCAAACUUGAGAUAAAAAAGCAGCCCCGCCACAACGUGUGGGCGGUUGUACACCUAGUUUUUCCUAAAGAAAGAAAGCAUGUGAUUUUUA